GUGAUCUUCAAUGAUGAUCUAAUAAGAGCAUCGCAGCUGGCCUUUGCAAUGGCGCUGUUGCGGGUCUGUCAAAUCUCUGGAAAAGAGGUGCAGUUGGAUGCUCAAGACAUCGUGGAGCUGACAGAGACUCCGGGCACCUUGUCGAUCAAGGCGUUGAAGCGGCAUUGUGCGGCUGAGCUGGGAAUCUCCAUCUUCCGGCAGCGUUUGAUUUGCCAGGGCCGUGUGCUCCAGGAGGACUUGGCUCUCAAAGAUCUUCAGUUCCCAUUAGAUCUUCAACUUCUUCUAAUUCCACUGCUGGUGCCUGAUGCUAAGCGAUGCAAAGAGUUCUUAGCGGCUGCCUGCCAGGAGUCGGCAUCUUUCGAAGCCUUUUUGGCUGAGCCGAUCGAUCCGGACGUUGUGGAUGAGGCUGGCAGGACAGCUUUGCAGGAAGCUUCACUCGUCGAUUCCCCGGAGGCUGUAAGUUUGUUGCUGGAAGCGGGUGCUUCUGUUGAGAAGACUGAUGUUUCAGGUUUGGCAGCACUUCAUCGUGCAUCGCAGUCUGGUGCAGGAGAAGUCGUUCGCCUCCUGCUGGCAGCCCAAGCUCAUCCAGAUGGACCAGGAUCUGCAAAGAUCUCUCCGCUGCGGAUGGCUGUCGAAUGUGGUCAUUUCAACAUCGUGCGCCUUUUGCUGGAUGCUAAAGCCAAUGCAAACUUGACCAAGGCCGAUGGAAGAACACCCUUGCUCGCUGCAGCUACAUUUGGUGAUUUACAGAUUGUGCGAGCUUUGCUGAUGGCUGGUGCCUGCCAGGACACCAAAGGAGGCUUGUCACCCAUCUAUUUGGCGGCGAAGUAUGGCUCUGCAGCAGUGGUGCAACUGCUUUUGGAGUUCAGAGCAGACAAGGAUGUGAUUGGCGAGAGUGGCCGCACUCCACUGUGGGUUGCCUGUCGACAUGGGCACCUGGGCGUGGUGGAUGCUCUGCUGCGUGCUGGCGCGAACAAGGACCUCGCGGACCAUUCGGGCGACGCUCCUUUGGGAGCCGCGGCAGAGGCGGGGCAGCGCCGGGUGGUGGACUUCAUGUUGAUGGCCGGCGACGAUCUCAACAAGGCGAUUACCUCAAGUCGCUCACCCCUGGAGCCGCCUUGGAAGCGGAGAAAACAGACCGCUUUGGAGUGGGAAAGAACGGUCACCUCCGAUUGAGCCGUUGGAGGUGACUGUUUAUCGAGUUUAGAUGUAAUAAAAUGUGUAGUGCAUCGCUAGUAGUAACAAGU